AUGGCAGGAAAACGUGGAACCCUCCGGCAACGAAAAGGCUCAAGAGACCCUGCUGCUCUCCGAAAAGACAUCGAGGAGGGUGCAAAACCGAAAGGUGAUCAUAUGUACCGGUUCAGAGAUCAACAAAACCUAGACCCCGAUGAUAAAAGGCGAGUCGAAUUCAGGAAGAAGUUGUUGGAAAGUGUAGAAAGCGCCAAGUUCUUAGAGGACUACCGAAAGAGCGAUGAGCAGUUAAAAGACAUCAAGAGCAAAACCACUCGAAAAUUCUAUGCUGAUCAGAACGACCGGCUUGACGAUUGGCUCGAAGUUAAUGCCAUCGUCAAAGCUCUCUCCGAUGAUAUUCUCGAAUCCUUUGAUCCUCGUGACGAUAAUGGCGACGGCAUAGCAGAAGGAGGUGGCGCCCUGCAAGAUACUCAUGGCGAGAUAGAAUGCUUCUUGCCAGAAGAUGAACAAGAGAAACGAAGGAAAGCGGCACGAAAUGCGAAAUGGGCCAUCUAUAUCAAUGUUAUUGCAAACAUCAUCCUGCUCGCCUUCAAAAUUGCUGCUGCAUUUUCCAGCUCUUCGCUUUCGCUCAUAGCGUCCUUGGCGGACUCAGCACUCGAUCUGUUGUGUACUGGUAUUGUUUUCACGACCCAUCAAUUGGUAGCAUGGCGAAUUGGCAAGCUUCGACAUAAGUUUCCUGUCGGAAGAAGAAGGUUGGAACCGCUUGGAAUUCUGGUGUUUUCUAUCAUCAUGAUCAUCUCUUUCAUACAGAUUCUGCAAGAAUCGGUGGAAAAGUUGAUGGCGAAAGGACCGCAUGAAGCAACCCAACUACCUCACAUUGCUAUCGCCGCUUUGGCAGCGACGAUUGGGGUUAAAGGGUUUCUUUGGUUUGGAUGUAUUAGGAUUAAGACUACGCAGGUUCAGGCUUUGGCUCAAGAUUGCCAGACAGAUGUGGUAUUCAACAGUCUUUCUCUCAUCUUCCCUGCCGUUGGCCACGCCAUGAACAUCUGGUGGCUAGAUCCUCUGGGUGCCGGUCUCCUCUCCUUAUUCAUCAUCGGAGACUGGGCAAAAACAUGUUUCAGCAACGUAUUCAGACUCACAGGAGCUGUCGUCGACGACCGUCUCUUCUCCAAGCUUACCUUCCUCGCUUUUCGAUUUUCGCCGUUGGUGCAAGGGUACAAGUCGAUCCAAGCAUAUCAUCAAGGAGAUGGUGUGUGGGUGGAGGUUGAUAUCUUGUUAGAUGAGAAGACUACCCUGGAGGUUGCACAUGAUAUUGCGGAGACUCUGCAGUAUUGUUGUGAGGGGCUACCGGAGGUUGAUAGGGCGUUUAUUACUUGUGAUUAUACGACCUGGGGUCCUACGGGUCAUGCUUCUCAGAAUUGA